AUGUCUCAACCCGAUUCAGGUUAUGGCCAGUAUGGCAGGGACGUGCCCGAUAGGCCGAAGCAUGGAAGAUCCCAGGGUACCGGCGGUAAAGAGCUGACGACAGCAACGCCUUCUAGGCCGUGGAGGGGGAGAGACGAAGACCGUGAGAAAGAGCGUCGCCAUCUGCAGCACGAGCCUAGAGGUAUUCAGUCGUCCGACACAAUUGAAAGGGGCAAAUACAGAGCUGGAAGCGACGAAAUGGCUUUCCAUGAUGACCUGGAUGACGAAAGAGAGCGUCUGGCUGCACGUCCCAGGAGUGGCAGAGCUUUCUCUGGAACCAGCGCUCAGAGAGACCACUCCCCAGCCAGAGCAGCGUUUUGCCUGGGCGAUGACCUCUACCAUUUCAUCCAGAAUGUGGCACGAAACGACAUCAACGGGAUAGGGAUCGUUACUGGGCGAUCAGACCUUUUUGAGGUCGACGAUUAUCUCUUCCUCCUAGAAGCCAUACAAUGUGAUGUGCCGGCGCGCGCGAGGUUCCGUCGGGCCUGCAUCAGGCUAUAUUUACUGGUCAGAAAGUACAACAGCCUUCCUGACCACCACGAAUGUCAACACUUCCUUGACACACUUGAACUAGAAGAUAGGCGCAAUCACGACGAGCAGAGGGUUCAGUCCUUGGAGGCACUUGUGCAGCAAAUGAGCAGUGCCAGAGGCGUGCGAAUGCCGGGCGGAGAUAGCCUGUCUGUCUCCAGGCUCAGCGCGAUGACGCCGGCGUUCGUACCACCCCAGGAGCGACGUAGAAGCGCUGGCGCGCCCUCCCAGAGGUCCGAAGACACAAGGCAGUCGAGCUUGCACGUCGACUUCAUUCUUCGAAAAAGCACCUGGUUUACUAUCGGCAGGGUGUUCAUGGUGCUAUGGCACGAAAAUGACACCGGUGAAAACACGACCUUCACCACUAGGCAAGUUGGAGUCUCGUCUCAAGGGCUCUAUGGAGAAAAUGUUUGGACCAAGGUUCGCCGUUUCGCCGUUGUACGAGAAGGUGGUCACGGAUUCAGUUGGGCCAUUCCAAUCGCCACGUAUCGCGAGCAAGGUCUCACUAGACGAGGAUUGAAUGCACAAGACUGUGAUGCGCACGCCAUCAUCCACAUGGAAGGUACCCCAGCGGAGAGCCUCCCCAACGAGCCCUUCAUGAACAAGCGCCCCAUCGCCGUUACACCUGCAAGUUGGGACAAGAAGCUCCACAAAGCGAGCCGCAUUCGAUUCGACAAAGUCUUCACCAUCGAGCACAAUGUGAAGGUGAGGGAAGUCGGGACGGUAUCAGGAGAUUCGAUGACUUGGUUCUGUCGGUACUGGCGAAUGGAAGCCAGCGCAGCCGCUGACGCCGUCACUCCGAGAUCAGGUCGCCAUGGCUGA